AUGCUUCAAGACACCACGACCAACGGUCACCUGAAGCUUUUCUGUCUUGUUGAUGGAGAGUCCACAUCAAACGCUUUUCCGCUUACCAUCCCAUCCUCCGAGACGGUCGGGGAGCUCAGAAAGCUCAUCAAGGUUGAAAAGGCCCCCGAAUUUGACGAUAUUGCUGCAGACAAGCUCACUCUUUGGAGUAUUCUGAUUCCCGACGACAGGAACAACGACGAACGGCCCAUCCUGUUGGACACGACCUCUGGGAAAACGAAACUCAAGGCAACCACCAAGCUCUCCAAAGUCUUUACCUCUGAGUUGCCCGACGACACAAUUCACAUUAUCGUCCAGCGACCCCCAGUCACCCGGCGUUGGCUCCUCUUUAUGGCCUGGCUCAGCGGAGUCACAAAUUCGAUCACCGCAUUCCACUCCUCAGAACAAUGGCAGCAGCAAGCAUAA